CGCAGUCCACGCCGACGCGGGUUGUCGGUAGCCGUUGGAUAUGGUUUGCGGGCCGGAUUGAUCUGUAGCCCAAGCGAUGACACACCUUCAAGAGUCGUGGCCCGCCGCUUCCCCUGCCGCCGCCGCCAGCCCUCGCCAAACGUACAAGGCGAGCCCGCCGGGGCUUCGGCCGCCCAUUUUCCGGAUGGAGAACCCCUUAAGAUCCCCCAGGUCUUCCCCGGCUUCGGCGUACGACGCCGGCGAAGAGAUGCGUGAGGACACCGUCGGGAGGCUACGUUGGAUGGACACCCCCAAAUGCCGCCACCGCCCGGCGCCGGAGCCGAGCGUCGAGACGCAUGCAUUAUUCAGCUGCCUUCGCGCUGAUGCCGAACGAACAGACAUGGCUGCUACUCAUGGAGGCAGCCACGGCAGGGCAAGGCACCACCGCACCGUACGUGUGGGAGCGGAUGUACAUGGUAGCGAUAUGGACUAUAGAAAAAACAUUUUUCGUUCCAAGAAUUGGAAAAAUUGCUUAUAUGCUAUUAAUUUAGCUGCGUUUCGAAAAUUUAUCAUCCUAACUCAUAUAUCAUUGACACAUGUGGUCUAUAUAUCAGUAAGAAAUAGAGAUGAUAUUUUAUCAAAAUACAGCUAAAUUAGUGACAGGGGCAAAGAUCCGAAAGACAAAAUGGUUAGCUGCAAACCAGAAAGAGCAACAGUUCAUUUACCUGUCAUUUGUAUGAAUAGUUCGCGUAUCUUGUAUUAUGCAUCGGAUGCUGCGGUUCUAAAUUUAGUCAUGGUAUUAUGUCCUUCGUAUC